AAUUUAAAUAGGUAUGGAUACCAGCGAAGAAGGGAAAACACUUACCAAGUUUAAGGAUGAUGAUGGCUACAGACACUACAACGACUAUAAAGCUAUUAGGAAGUACGGAGAAGGCUCAGUCGGGAAGGUAAAAGAGAUCGUCAAUACCAAGACAUCUGAGCAUUAUGCCAUGAAGGUGGUCAACAAACUGCUGCUAAAGAUGAGGAAGGAGUACGUAAGAAAAGGCAAGGGCAAGAUGGGCAUCAAAACAGCCUUCGAUGCUGUAGAGAAGGAGAUAGAGAUCAUUAAAAUCCUUGACCACCCUAACAUUGUCAAGCUACACGAGAUUCUGAUUGGAGAAGAUGAAGAAAAGCUCUACUUAAUUUUGGACAAUUGUGAAAAGGGUGAAAUUAUGAAGUGGGACGCAGAUACUAGACUUUAUACCCCUUGCAAUGGAGAAGAGUACUUUAGUGAGAAAGAAAUCAGAGCUAUUUUAGUUGAUACAAUUGAAGGAUUAAAGUAUCUUCACGACAUUGGAGUUAUUCAUAGGGACAUUAAACCACAUAAUUUGUUGAUGACCAAGAACGACAAAAUUAAAAUUUGUGAUUUUGGAGUUGCUCAUAAACUCGAUAAUAGAGAAGAUGACACUUUGACAAAUACUGAAGGUACAUACCACUUUAUGCCUCCCGAAUGCUGGAACUAUGAUAUCAAAGAAUUUUCUGGUGUAAAAGCUGAUAUAUGGGCUCUUGGCGUGACUCUUUUCGCUAUGACAUAUAAUAAAAUGCCCUUCUGGGCUGAUAGCGAGCUUGAAUUAGCCAAUGUAAUCAUGAAGGAAGAUAUUGAUUUCAACCAAGACAGGGAGGUCAGUUUGGAGUUAAAAAAUCUAAUUCAAAAAUUGUUAGCAAAAGAUCCAGAGAAUAGGCCAUCUUUAGAGGAUCUUGUCUCAAAUGACGCAUUUAUUACUAAGAGUGAGCCUUAAUCGAAGUGGAUUCGGUUAGCUUAUUAUACGAUAUUGACCAUCCUUAUUUCUUA